AUGAAUUUAUCAAGAAAUUUUGGAAGUAAUAAUAACAAUCAACAAAUGGAUAUUCAAAAUACUGUUAGUAGUAGUGGAGAUACAAAUAAUAAUCUUUCCAUACAAAAUCCUAAUGAAAAUUCUACAACAUCAGCUUAUGAAGGAAAUUAUCAAGUUAAUAUAUCAUCAACUAAUUUUGAACUUGAAACAAUAACAUUAUCAUAUACUGGUCUUAUGCGUAUUUAUCGUUUAUUAUAUGUCGCUGAUCAUUGUUCAUCAUUACGACAUGAAGCACUUUUAUCAAGUCUUAAAUAUAUUCAAGAAACACAUUUUACUUCACUUUAUAAACAAGUUUUUGAUGAAUUAAAAAAACAAAAUAUACCAUUACCAAAUGAUUUUGAUUCAUCAUGGUAUGAAAAAACACAACGUAAUUAUAUACAAAAAUUAGAAAAACUUGAUACUGAUUUAAGAAAUUUUCGUACAAAUGCUAUUAAAGAUUCUAUACGUCGUGGUCAUGAUGAUCUUGGUGAUCAUUAUUUAGAUGGUGGAGAUUUUUUUAAUGCUAUUCGUUGUUAUGUACGUUCAAGAGAUUAUUGUGUUACACCAAGACAUAUGAUAACAAUGUGUAUGAAUGUUAUAAAAGCAUCAUUUUAUAUGCAAAAUUGGUCAAAUGUUUUAUCUUAUGUUAGUAAAGCUGAACAAGCUAUUGAAAGUCUUGAAUCAACAAAUAAAUCAGGAACAACACCAGCAGCAACAACAACAUCAUUGGCUAAUCCAAUGGAUGUUUCAACAUCAAAUGCUAUGAUUACAUCUGAUGCAAUCUUAGCUUCACGUUUAAAAGUUUAUGCUGGUAUUGCUGAAUUAGCUACAAAACGAUAUAAAUUAGCUGCACGACAUUUUCUUGGUGUUACAUUUGAUCAUUGUUCAAAUCAUUUUCAAGAUCUUAUUUCACCACAAACUCUUAUUCAAUAUGUUUGUUUAUGUAGUUUAGCAACAUUUGAACGAUCUGAAUUACAUCGUCUAGUAAUAAUGUCUCCAAAUAUGAAACAAUAUCUUGAAUUAGAACCAUCAAUUCGUGAUAUACUUCUAAAAUUUUAUGAAACAUCUUAUUCGUCAUGUCUUGGAUUAAUGUCACAUUUAGAACCAAUUUUAGCAUUAGAUCAAUAUUUAGCACCACAUUUACGUGCAUUAUAUUAUGAAAUUCGUCAUCGAAUAAUUAUAACAUAUUUUUUACCAUAUAAAAAUGCAAGUAUGACAACGAUGGCAAAUCAAUUGAAUACAACAACUGAUGUACUUGAAGAUGAACUUGUUAAUUUAAUACGAUCAGGAAAAAUCAAAGCACGUAUUGAUUCAAAAAAUAAAAUUUUAUAUGUUGCCGAUACAGAUCAACGUUGGUAUGCAUAUCAACAUGCUUUAACAAUAACAAAGCAAUCGGAAAAAAUAACACGUGCACUUUUACUUCGUUCAGCUAUAAUAAAAGCAAAUUUAAUUGUUAAAGAUGAUUCAAUAUCAUCAUCAUCAUCAACUCGUUCACCAAAUAAUAAUAAUAAUAUGAAUAUUAAUCGUCGACAUUUUAUUCCAAAUCUUCCAGGAAAUAUGAUGAUGGAUGAAGGAGAUUUAUCUGAUGAUGCAGCUAUGAAUUAA